UCGAUUCAGCUGUGCGGCUGUGCCGUGUCGUAAAAUUUUGUGACAAGAUUCUUUCACAAACAUUCGCAUUUCUUCGACUCAACACAAUCCGACGAUAUAAGCACGCAAGAAAACGAGUAUGCAAAACUUCGAAGCUGCAGUUCGUUAUGACAGAUUACUAUGUCAGUCGUCCUGCCAGUGUAUCUGUUCUUGGCACUCCUCGUGUUGCAGUCACUUUGCCUUCGUGACACCGUCAUUGGCACUCUUUGCGCGUCACUCGUACAUCAAGUACUGUGAAGUUACACUGCGGCAAGGAGAGGCGCUGCGCUGCCGUUAACGUUCAACAGGUGGAUAUCCAGAGCGCCGGUGUACGUGUGGUGCGUGUCGGGAAAGGCGACGUACAGCAGGGAACGCGUAUAUUUGCUCUUACUUGGAUACAUUCCGCGGAUGUAGCUGCUGAAGUGGGAUAUAAUUCAUGCUGCUGAGGCGCAGGUUCGCUGCCAUCGCAGACUCCUCCGCCGCCGCCUCCGCCGCCGGCUUCACGGCAAUGUGCGCCUGUCUUGCGGGGAAGCCCGUCGCUCGGGACACAGUGGCCGUCGUACCCCAUUCCAAUUGGUAACAGCUGUCUUCUCCGUGAGGAACAUGGCAGGCUGGAAUGCCGUCUCCGGAUAUCUCAACCACAAGCCCGGAGGAGCGCUGGCACGUCUCAAAGGAAGAAGGCGGCAGUGGUACGUUUUCGACAAGUCCGAUUGUCGUCUGGUGUCCUACAAGAACGAGUCGGAUGCCAACCUCGAGAGGCCACCACUGGCGAUGAUAGACCUCAAGAGUGCAGCCAUCACGCUACUCAGCGACGAGAAAAACAGCUUUGUCAUCCACUCAGAAGGGAAAGAAUUCGUCUUCGCUGCCGACAAUCAUGAGUCCAUGAUGAUAUGGGUCGUGGCACUUCAGGCGAAUAGAGACACAUUCCGCGACAGCACCACUGAAGAAGCACAGCCGAUGUCUGCUCCGGAACUGUCGAGGAAAUGCUCACUUCCUACCGACCGAGAACUUCGAUGUCCAGGCAGACACCUAGGAAAUGGAAAGCGACGGUGGCUACGCAGUCAGUCCUUUCGUACUGGUCCCGAGAGGAAGUUGUCGAUGCACUAUCCUCAAACGAGGUCCAUCCAUGCAUCAACCCGUCUUCCACCCAUCCGCCAUUCCUCGUCCGUGGAAGAAGACGACGUUGGAAAAGAGAAACAAAUUUCUUACUGCCCUUCCGACCGAGCCUUCCGCAACUCGAGCUCGUCUUCCGACGGAGUUCCGGUAACGGAAUCCGUGCCCGCUUCAGAGCCUCGUGGCGAGAAUGGGGACGGGAAGGCCGAUGGCUCGGAGCAGCGCACCCGUAACUGCGAUUGCAACGAAGCAGACCUCUUGCGCAGAGCCAGCCAAUACAGCAGCACGACAGGUGUCACGUCGGACUGUGAUACAGACUCUGACGUCGGAGAUCUAGAGAAAGGGUACUGUCCACGAAGUGCAAUCGCGGAAGAGCGCAUGAGGUACCUCCGCAUGAUAAAUGCGGAUGCGAGUAAAGAGUGUUUUAGGACGCAACGUGCAAGUUCCACGUCGGGUCAGUCCGUAUCCAGCGACUCCGCAAUCAGCCACGGAGAGUCGCUGCUUUCUCUACGGCUGCAAGAUCUGGAAGCCGAACUGAUGGCAACAAAGUGUGAGCUUGCCAAGGCCCUGAAUCGAGAAACUUCUCAGAAGAACGAGCUUAUUGAGAGGGAGGAGAUGCUCUCAGAACUGCACGAACAGAUCCAUUUGAUGGAGUCUUCGAGCGAAGAGCGCAAAUAUUCUCCGUGGAAGGGUACGGGAUUUCAAAAAUUGAACGACAGGUGUCGAAUCCUCCAAAGCCACAAUCGUUUCCUCAAUGAAGAAGUGCUCAAGUUGUCUAAGAUGCUUCAGCAGCAACAAACGGAUGCCACAUCGUAUAAGAGUUCGCUACAAGACCAGUGCAAAGAAAUAGACCAACUGAAACGAGACUACGUGUUCUUGAUGCAGUCUGCCAUCAGAAUUCGUUCGAGUGAAGGCCCAGAGAAUUUCGAAGUUUACCUCUACGGUGGUGAUAGGCAUGCAACACGUAUCCUACAGCUCCUAAGAGAGGCCCGAAAAACCGAUUCUUCAUUACCUACCUACGACAGGCAGAACAAAACGCUUCAGCAUGUUGACGCCCUGGGCUUCCAGCACAACUUUACGGAGGAGAGCCUGGCUCUGCAUUACCUCUGCAGGAAGCUUCAUCAACACUACAGGAAUCUCAUGCCCACAUCUGAGAUACACCUGUUGCAUUGGAAUGAGUACCUUGUGCAGCAUGGCGAUGACCUCACAAAUAGAAAAGAACUGAAAGCUCUGGUUCGCAACGGAAUUCCGGACGCGUUUCGGAGCCGUGUCUGGAGAGCUCUCUUCUGGUGCAGGAUCCAGGACAUUGUCGAAGACAAAGGAAAACAUUAUUACAGCAACCUGUGCUGCAUGGCCCCAGAGUCUGAGGUGGUCUCGCAGAAUAAGCGCCAGAUUUCUCUGGACCUGCUAAGGACGCUACCCAACAACAUACGUUUCGGUGAUGCUGAUGCCGACGGGAUCCGCAAGUUGCAGGAAGUGCUACAGGCGUUCUGCCUUCAUAACCCUACAUUAGGGUACUGUCAGGGAAUGAAUUUCCUCGUUGGGAUGUGCCUGCUUUUUCUGGAGGCCGAGGAUGCAUUUUGGUGCCUAGUGGCCAUCACCGAGAGGUACUUUGCCAGCAACUACUUCGACCAUAGCCUAGUGGGAGCCCAGGCCGACCAGGAAGUGCUCAAGAACCUGUUACGGGAGACAUUGCCUCGCCUGCAUCAUCACUUGGCCCACCUGGACAUCGAGCUCUGCACCGUCACCCUCAACUGGUUCCUCGCUAUCUUCUUUGACUCAGUGCCCUUUGAGACUUUGCUGCGAAUCUGGGAUUGUUUCUUGCUGGAGGGCCCUAAGGUUCUCUUCCGAUUUUCGCUCGCCAUACUUAAAAUGCACGAGGACGUGUUGCUCACAAAGCACGACACAGUCUCCAUCAUGCGUCAGUUGAAAGCUAUCGCGAAGCUCUGCUUUGAUGCUGACGCUCUCAUCAAGGUGGCGUUCGAAGGGUUGGAGCCGUUUCCACGUCGCCAGGACAUCGCGGCAAAGCAGGCCUGCUACCAGAAGACGCUCAGAGAGCAGUCAAGGAAGCGAGAACUGGAGAAACAAUCUCUCUUUGGCAGAGACAAAUUGCUUGAAACGUCAGAAACUCCGGGACCAGAUGUCCUCUUGUUGGAAUGUGCAGCUGUUUGUGAUACAGAUAAGAUCUGGGUUUGUCAUGGCAACCACAACAUUGCCUGCCUGUCUCGGAUCAACUGUGAGGAGAACAUAAUGUACAGGCUGAAUAUUGACCUUGAGUCACGUGUGACCUGCAUGCAUUCCCUGAACGACGACACCGUCAUACUUGGAACGCUUUCACACUUCGUGCAUUCCUACAGUACAAGGACCAGGAAAUUGAAAUGGGAGGCCCAGUUAAAUGACUCCGUUCUGAGCCUGUGUUCGUACGAAGGCGACGACCACCACCAGGUGUUUGCCGGCUUGGCGGAUGGAACCAUGGCUGUCAUAGAGAACUUCUCGGUGCACGUCGUUAAACCGGACAGCUUUUACAUCCAGAUCGGCAGCAGCCCUGUCACUUGUAUGCGACUGGUGGACAAGCGGAUUUGGUGUGCUUGCGGAAACCGAAUUGUGAUACUCAGCGCGAGAACCUUGGACACAAUAGACCAGUUCCAAGUGUCACUGAGCACAUUAGACUACGUCUCACUCAUCCAGCCUAACAGGUGCUCCAGCGGGGACUUCGUCCAGGGUGUGUGGCUCUCUAUUCGAGGCUCCUCGGUCAUUCAACUAUGGGACCCACAUGCGCUCACGUGCAAGCUCUUAUACGACGUCCGAGAUGACAGGUACCCAAAGUCGCCAAAGGAUGAAGAACAUGAGCUAAACCAGGCCCGCAUCACAGCUCUGCUGCCCCUUCACGGAAGUGUUCUUGUAGGAACAGCCGAGGGGUUCCUGAUAAUCUACGACGUCGUUAAACGAAUUGUUGCAAGUGGUUCGACAUAUUCAGCGCAUGCAGAACAAAGCUCUGUUCAGGACGACGCCAGCAAGGACGACAUAGACUCUACGGAAGACUCAGACAGCAGAGCCCGCAAGGACAGCGGAUACCUGACCUCAAAUUCGGGCGCCAUCUCCGUGAUACCUCCCAUGAUCACCAUCGACUCAAUCGGCUACAGGAGCGAAGGCUCCGUCAACGACACCAGCGGGAGUCAGCGCUCCGCCAAGACCGUCAUCGACACCGACGCACCUGGCCCGCAGGAGUGCGCUGUCUGCUCCGAAGAUUCUAGCACACCCGUUGGGAGCCAGGCUUCGAGGGACGAGGUCUUCAGUCCAGAGGACGGGAGCGUGCCUUCUCUGUACGCCUCGUGGUUGUCCGACAUAAAACGAAUCUACCUAGAAUCUCAACCGAAACCGGCGUCUGACCCCAGCGCUCUCGCUCAACGGCGGUGGAGCCUCCACACUUCCUUGAGCAGCUCGAUGCUGGAGUUCCAGGAGAACCGCAGGAAGACUGCGCUUCAGCGCCUGUGCCAGAGGAGGUUCGGCUACAGGAACGGCCCGAGCGCCAUGAGCACCGACUGCAUCCCGGCGUGGAUCGGCAGGGACACUCCGAGCUCGUCGUUUACGAGCGACAGCUACGACUUUGACGAUUUUUUCAUCACCUACUCGGACGAUGUCGGCGUCGCUCAUCCGCAAGAGGACAAAGAUACGCAGACGUGCAGUUUCAGAGCUGACGGUAAUGCCACCGCGGACGAUGUGGACGUGCCGGCGUCAAAGUCAACGAGGCAGUCUUGGUCGACGGCGCUCGAGAGUAAUGGCCAUUCGAGCGGUUGCUCUUUUGUGACUGGAAACGGCGACCUUGAGACGUCAACCACUCAGGAUGCAAACGCCGAUGAGUGGCUAAGUACAACCUGUGAUAAUAGUCGCUUGAGCAGCGACGCUGGAAGUAGUGUUUCCUUUGGUAGUUUUGAGCCACCGUAUUCGUAUGAGCUGGUGUUGCAAGAGAAGAUAAAGAUAUCUGACAAGGCAAUACGAUGCCUGCUCGACAUCAAGUGCAGUGGUGAGACGACAGUUAUCAGUGGAGCAGGUUGCUACGGUGACGAUGAAGCCAUCUUGAAGUGGGUGAAAGAAGGCAAUGAGAAACUCUGGACAAACGACCCAGUAAUCGAAGUGUGCCCGUACACAAACACAAUCAAGCCAUCACCAUACACGCGGUCUCGGAUGCCCAGGAAAUCAUCCAUAGCGAACGGACAUGCGACUGGAUUCCUACGGAAGAAUCAUUCAGCCGUUUUUGCGCCCACUGUCCAUGCUCAAAAGGCGAAGCCAGCCCUGCAGAAGUCAACGAGUGUUGUCGGCAGCAGCCUUGCCCGUGUACAAAGUAUUUUCACAAAGAACCCGUGAGGAGUUUGGAUGUUAUGUGCAUCAACAAAGUGUGAGUGGACCUUGUGAAGACAUCUCUAUGACUAUAAACUUUCAUUUUUUUCUGACUCGUGAAUUGGCUACUGUGUCUUCAUGCAGUUUGUGAACUCAGUGCAUGCCAACUUCUUAUUAACUGUUCAUUGUUCUAAGGGUGGUUGCUUGCAUGAGCAUUACAGCUGAGUGUUUUGCAACGUCAAGUGUUUGUUUUUAUCGUGUGGUUUUGACCGUUGAAUUUCUGGUUGGAAACCUAACCUCUGUUUUCCUUCUUCUUUGUAUCCGAUAGUUUUGAUAUUUAAUUGCCUUGUGUGAUGAACUCUUGUGAGCAUUGUGAAAUUUUCUACCCUCCAUCUAACCUCUUGGCUCUUUUCUCAUCGUGAGGGUAAACUAUAUCUAGACAUUGUAUAUAAACCAGGAUCCGAAGGUGUGUCUAUUUUAGUGCUACAGGAAUACAAGAUAACCUGCUAUUUUGGAAAUUUUUACAGGCAUCUAGAGGUGCUACACAGAUGCACGUACGUGUAUUUGUAAAUAUACUACAAUGCAUUAAGCACAUUCAGAUAUAGAUAUUAGAAUUGUUUCUGUACAGUUUUUUUCCUUUUUUUUUAUCUUUGCUCACCUUGCAAUUGUCAAAUUGUGCAAAAAAAAGGUGAAACUUCCUCCUCUAAUUUGAGUGAUAAAAACCUGGAGAAGCCCGGAUAUGUCCUAAAGGGGAUAGCCAAUGAGUUUACUUUCUGAGUUGCAUGUAUAUAUGUCUGUGGGCAAUACCACUCAUAAACCGUCAACCACAACGUUGACCAACGUAGUCCAAUGUUAACAGAGAGCAUCAGAGCAAAGAGUGCACAUUGGAAUCACUCUAUUUCUAUUGGGAGCUCAUAUGAAAGUCCAUAUGGAUGAUGCCAUGGCUGGUGCAGUUUUCUUAUCUAGUGGAAUGGUACUGCCAAUAAAAAUAUGCACGCACAUACAACAUGUAUGCCCAUAAUAUGUGCAGCUCAGAAAUUAUGCAUUUAAUUUACUCAUUUAAGUUGCUUUAUGAAAUUAAAAGGUCCCUCCUAUUUUACCACUGAAAUUAAGGUAAGAGCUGCGGAAACAUUGCAGCAGAUGCUGACACAAAUGUUUACCUCUCGACAGCCUCUAUUUUAAGCCCUGUUACGUUGUAUAAUUCAUGUUAUGCAUAUCCAAUGCAAUUGAACCAGUAGUACUGGUAUUGCUGAAAAUACUGAAGCUACUAUUGUUAUGUGCUGAUAAUAUUCUGAUGUGAUAUCCAAUGAUGUUCCUGUUUUUUAUCGGCAGUAUGCAGGGCCAAACGAAAGGAAGCCCUUGGAGAUAAUGCCACCUUACCCUGUACGGAAGGUCAACUUUCUGUAGGAAUUCUUGUUGAGGGAGUGCAAGAUUUUCACUAUUUUCACUUUUCCAAAGAAAACUUUUAUGGAAGAAUGUACGUUGAAAUCAUGUUUUCUAGAACCUUGGGCUUUGCAACACCUUGGUGAGAAAACACGCCUCCUUAUAUCAACUCUGACGGCAAAGGGUCCGGAUGAAACUUGGAUAAGGAGACAGUCAGAUAAUGGGAGAGUCUGGUUCAAAGGCAGACUGGAACAAAAAUUCCUACUAGGAAAAGCCCGAGACUGACCCAAGGGGAACGACUUCUUCUGGCCGGGUGUGCCGUGCCAAACAGUCCAUACAUGUUUAUUUGUGGAGGCUCACCGGUAACUUCCCACUGGUAAAGUUUAUGGACCGUUCUGGCUUGAUCUCCUUAAUGAGUAAUUUCGAGAUAAUGUGUACAUAUUUACAUGUGGCAAAGUCCCAGGUGGUGCAAAUUACUCACAAAAUUUUAGCUUUUUAAUUGCACGAAUUUAACUGCAAUAAUUUUUUGAAAUUGUAAGUAUCUUAAACUUGAGCUGGCAAAUAUGCACCUUUGAGAAAUCUCACAUGAAGGAUUUGGUAACCGUAGUCCCGUAUUAUGUGUAGUACCCAUUGUACUACUUCCAACUGAUAGUUGUACCUAGGGCUGGCGAUGGGGGGGGGGGGGGGGG